CUAGUCGCUGUCAAAAACCCAUGUUCUAAGUCAAAUUUGUCAAAAAUUUCCAGUUCUUAACAAAAUGUUGGCAAAACCGUCGCUAUCACUGAAAUCCAACGUACCCAAAAAAGCUAGACAAAUCCUAUGGGUCCUGACCCGCUGCUGCCACGGAAAAUCCGGCGAAAAAACCGACAGCCAAAAGCCGACGAAACCGGCGGACUUCGAAGUGUGCACAAUCGCCGACUGCAUGGUCGAUCCCUGCAAGCCCGAGCCCGCUGUCGUCAUCAUCGGGGCAGGAAUCGCAGGACUGUCGGCCGCACAAAGACUAGCGCAGUGCGGGAUCACCAAUUUCAAGGUUCUGGAAGCCACUGAAAGACCCGGCGGCAGGAUCCAUUCCUGCUGGCUCGGCGACGUGAUCGCCGAAAUGGGCGCCCAGUUCAUAGAGGGCGGCUGCAUCGGCAACCCGGUCUACAACUUAGCCGCCCAAGAAGGUCUCCUCAUGCCGCCCCUGCAACGCGCCAGACCCUUGAAUGGGGUUUUCUGUACCAGCGACGGUCGCGCCAUCGACCACCCAGUCUCGGUUUUGGCCUAUCAAACUUUCAAGCAGAUCGAGAGCGAAGCGAUCAGUCUUUUUAGCAUGGGCACUGGAAAAAAUCAUGGGUCUUUACUAAAUUUUAUAGGUUUAAGGAUACAACAGGAGUUGCAGAACUUCCCGGAAGACCAAAGAUAUGACGCGGCGAGGAUCAUGUAUGGGUUGACUAACGGAGUUAGGGCAAAGUGUGGCGAAGACUUAAGUCAAGUCAGCGCAGACAACUACGGGAGCUUCAUCCAGAUACCGGGCGGCCAAAUCCGGAUUCCGUUGGGCUUCAUUGGGGUGUUGUCCCCACUGAUGCGUGAUCUUCCUGAACAAAGCAUAAUGUUUAAUAAGCCCGUGGGGAACAUCCGCUGGGGUGCCGUCCAGACCCGCAACAAGGAGAGUCCUAGAGCCGUGGUACAGUGCUGCGACGGCCAGGAGUUCUCAGCCGACUACGUCAUCCUCACGGUAUCCCUAGGGGUGCUCAAGGAGCACGCCGACAAGAUGUUCUGUCCCACGCUCCCGGCCAGUAAAGUGGAAGCCAUCAACUGUCUCGGCUACGGGAACGUGGACAAGAUCUUCCUGGAUUACGACCGUCCGUUCUGGGUGUGGUGCGAAGGCGGGAUUAACUUCGCCUGGUCCCCGGAUGAACUGGCUAACCGGACGGACUGGACCAAGGGACUGAGUGCCAUUGAAGAGGUCUUCGGGAGCAAGCACGUGCUGUGUGCGUACAUCUCGGGCCCGGAGGCGGCGAUCAUGGAGCACGCUAGUGACGAGGAGGUCGCCGAGGCCAUCACUAGAGUGCUCCGGCAAUUCACAGGGGACGCGUCACUACCCUAUCCCUCGAUGGUGUUGAGGUCGAAAUGGGCCACGGAUCCGUUUUUCUGUGGCUCGUACAGCUACAUGAGUCUGAACUCCCAUGUGGGACACCAGUGCGAUUUGAGUUGUCCCGUUCCGGGGACGUGUGAACCAGUGCCCCCGAUUUUGUUAUUCGCGGGGGAAGCGACGUGUGCGGGACACCACUCGACGGUACAUGGGGCAAGGUUGAGUGGGAUCAGGGAGGCGGAAAGGGUGAUACAGUUGACGAAAAAGUAUGGAGGGCCGCCGCCGAGCCACCAGUAAUGGACGUAUGGGUGUUUCCAGUAACUGGUCAAUGUCUUAGUAACCUUCUGCUGUAAAUAUUUAUGCAAACGAAAUAUACGUACACUACGGUCACACCGUUUUUUUCAGCG